GUCCCCGUGACGCCGGGUGGCGACUGGCUCCCGGGUCUGAGGGGCUCCUGCUUGUCAGGUUCUAGAUAUGUGCUGACUAGCAGGCGCACGUGCACAGUGUGGAGGAUAAGCUAUAUCGUACAAAAUGGGAUUUGGGAGUGACCUGAAGAACUCACAGGAAGCUGUGUUAAAGUUGCAAGACUGGGAACUGCGGUUGCUGGAGACAGUGAAGAAGUUUAUGGCUCUGAGAAUAAAAAGUGAUAAAGAAUAUGCAUAUACUCUACAGAAUCUUUGUAAUCAAGUUGAUAAAGAAAGCACUGUGCAAGUGAAUUAUGUCAGCAACGUGUCCAAGUCUUGGCUACUGAUGAUUCAGCAGACAGAACAGCUUAGUAGGAUAAUGAAGACACAUGCAGAGGACUUGAACUCUGGACCCUUGCACAGGCUCACCAUGAUGAUCAAGGACAAGCAGCAAGUGAAGAAGAGCUAUGUCGGCAUUCAUCAACAGAUAGAGGCAGAGAUGAUCAAGGUCACGAAGACAGAAUUGGAGAAAUUAAAAUCCAGCUAUCGACAAUUAAUAAAAGAAAUGAAUUCUGCCAAAGAGAAAUAUAAAGAAGCCUUAGCGAAAGGGAAGGAAACAGAAAAGGCUAAGGAGCGCUAUGACAAAGCUACAAUGAAGCUUCAUAUGCUGCAUAAUCAGUAUGUGUUGGCACUGAAGGGGGCGCAGCUCCAUCAGAGUCAGUACUAUGAUGCCACACUUCCUCUGCUGCUGGACUCCGUGCAAAAGAUGCAAGAAGAAAUGAUAAAAGCACUAAAAGGUAUAUUUGAUGACUAUAGCCAGAUAACCAGCCUUGUUACAGAGGAAAUAGUGAAUGUUCACAAAGAGAUUCAAAUGUCUGUUGAACAGAUAGACCCUAGCACUGAAUAUAAUAAUUUUAUAGAUGUUCACAGAACAACAGCUGCUAAAGAACAAGAAAUCGAAUUUGAUACUUCCCUAUUAGAAGAAAAUGAAAGUCUUCAGGCAAAUGAGAUCAUGUGGAAUAAUUUAACAGCAGACAGUUUGCAAGUAAUGUUGAAGACUUUAGCAGAAGAGCUCACACAGACCCAGCAGAUACUUUCACACAAGGAGGCGGCCGUUCUGGAGCUAGAGAAGAGGAUCGAGGAAUCUUCUGAGACCUGUGAAAAGAAGUCUGACAUUGUGCUUCUUCUGGGCCAAAAACAGGCACUUGAAGAGUUGAAACAGUCAGUCCAGCAAUUGAGAUGCACUGAGGCAAAGUGCGCAGCACAGAAAGCAUUGCUGGAGCAAAAAGUACAGGAGAAUGAUGGGAAAGAACCGCCCCCUGUGGUGAAUUACGAAGAAGAUGCGCGGUCAGUCACAUCCAUGGAGAGAAAGGAGAGGCUAUCCAAAUUUGAGUCUAUUCGUCAUUCAAUUGCUGGGAUAAUUAAGUCUCCAAAAUCGGUCCUUGGAUCUUCAACACUCUGUGAUGUGAUCUCUGUGGGUGAGAAGCCCCUGGCGGAGCAUGACUGGUACCAUGGUGCUAUCCCCAGGAUAGAGGCACAGGAACUGCUGAAGCAGCAAGGAGACUUCCUGGUGCGGGAGAGCCAUGGGAAACCUGGUGAAUAUGUCCUUUCUGUAUAUUCUGACGGACAAAGGAGGCACUUUAUCAUACAAUUUGUUGAUAAUCUGUAUCGAUUCGAGGGCACCGGGUUUUCAAACAUCCCUCAACUUAUAGAUCACCACUUCAGCACAAAGCAAGUCAUCACCAAGAAGUCUGGGGUGGUUCUGCUGAAUCCCAUUCCAAAGGAUAAGAAAUGGGUCCUCAAUCAUGAAGAUGUUUCAUUGGGAGAAUUACUGGGCAAGGGGAAUUUUGGUGAAGUGUAUAAAGGCACACUAAAGGAUAAAACUCCUGUUGCCAUUAAAACGUGCAAGGAAGACCUUCCUCAGGAAUUAAAAAUAAAGUUUCUACAGGAAGCCAAAAUUCUCAAGCAAUAUGAUCACCCCAAUAUUGUCAAACUGAUAGGCGUGUGCACACAAAGACAGCCUGUCUACAUCAUUAUGGAACUGGUCCCAGGGGGUGAUUUUCUGACCUUCCUGAGGAAGAGGAAGGACGAGCUGAAGCUGAAGCAGUUGGUGAAAUUUUCCUUGGACGUUGCUGCUGGCAUGUUGUAUCUCGAGAGCAAGAACUGCAUUCACAGGGACCUGGCUGCACGGAACUGCCUGGUAGGUGAAAAUAAUACUCUGAAAAUCAGUGACUUUGGAAUGUCUCGGCAAGAAGACGGUGGAGUGUAUUCAUCUUCUGGCUUAAAGCAGAUUCCUAUUAAAUGGACAGCACCGGAAGCUCUUAAUUACGGGAGAUACAGUUCUGAAAGUGACGUGUGGAGCUUCGGCAUCCUCCUCUGGGAGACCUUCAGCCUAGGAGUCUGCCCUUACCCUGGCAUGACAAACCAGCAAGCACGAGAGCAAGUGGAGAGAGGAUACCGGAUGUCAGCCCCACAGAACUGUCCAGAGGAGAUUUUUACAAUCAUGAUGAAGUGUUGGGAUUACAAACCUGAAAACCGCCCUAAGUUCAACGACCUUCACAAAGAGCUCACUGUUGUCAAGAAGAUGAUCACAUAGUGCCAGCCGGGGCUGGACACCACCUGUAGGACUCUGUCCUCAGUCACCCCGACUUUAUACCACCUUACUGCAACCAUCUUUGAAGGUUAUGUUUUUUAUUAACUGGGUUUUUAAAGUAUGUUCCACUUUCAACUAUGUUAAAGGCAAAUCUAUUCAGAAAAUAAAUAGUCCUACCCAGAGCCGUAUUAGCUAACCACAGCAACCCUGCUAUUUGAUACCACUGUAAAGAGAAAAGCACAGGCCUAAUGGGAAAGGCACAAACAAACAAACAAAAAAGGUCUAACUUAAUACCUAGGACCAUUGGUGUUCACCAAGGUUUUCUACUCCAGGCACAGCCCGUGGACUGCUGUCUUCUGCCACAGGCCCUCCUCAGUUGGUGCUAUAAACAGCUUUGGUAGCGCAUGCUUGCAGGAUAUGUGCCCACCACAGUUGCUCUCCACUCUGCCAAGGCGAGAUUGUAUCUAUAAAUAUAAUCAUAUAUUGGGAAUCAUUCGGACCUCCUAGGGUUUCUCUUUCUUUCCUGUCAGAACAAGCCCAGUGAGAACAUCACACUCCCGUGUCAUUUUGUCUUUUACUUCCCCAGUCCAGGCUACAGAAAAUGGUGCACCGAAAAUUCCCAGAGAGUUCAGGGCAAAGAGGCAGCGGCUUCUGCAGGACACUGCAGAGGACAAGGAUGACAGGAAGCAUGUGUGACCAGGAGGGCAGGUCGGGAAAAGAGCAGCUAGCUCGUGUUCACCAGGGAGAAGAAAGCAAGGAUGCCUGCCUUCCUCUCAGAGGAACACCUUCAGAAUGCCCUGUAUCUGGGUUUCAAUUCCCUAACAAGGGCUAAGAAAUUGUCAGGAGUUCAUAGAGCCCAGUGGAAAGUUCCUUAGAUACUAAAGUCCACAGGAAGAACAGCAUGGUUCUAAUUGUGUGUCUCCAUCCUAGGAGACAAGCCCAGAAUGAAAUUCGCUUUACUUAGACCAGUUUCUGGGUCUUCAGACUCCAUGGUGCACAUUUACAAACACAUCCACAUAUAUCUACUGAAGUGCAGGGCUGCUGUGAAUGAAAUAGAUGGGCCAGAUGUCAAGUCAGCGUUGAUGGAGAAAAUCUCUAGGGACACUCACACCUCCAUCUCCUCUUUUCCACUAAAGCCACUACCUGGAAAUCUUACUGAUAAUGAACAGGUACGCAAGCACGCCAUUAACGGUGUCUCUUGUGUAUCUAUGUAGGUAAAACCAGGGUGUGACUGAGCAGAAUCUUAGCUGUGUUGGGGACCUUUCCCUGUGCACAGUUGUCUCAGGAUCAGUGUCUUGGAGAUGGCCUCCUGCCUGCCUGGCCGUAUAGAGACUUUGCAGGAGGCAGCUGAAGAGAAGGACUCGUAUCCAUCAUUUCAGCCUCCUUACUAAUUUUGUAAUUUUAUACACAUUUAGUGAUUCGUACACGCAGACUGAAGUAAAGGCAUAACGAGCCUACCCACACCAUUCACUGCAGCACACAAACCAGCUUGCUCCUCCGCACAGCUCUCCCAUGGGGCAGAUACUGUAACUAAGCAGAGCUGCCUUCUGACAGCACACACCAUGGCAACCCAAGUGCAAACUCAGGCAUUCACAUGAAGGGCCCUGCUCUCCAGGCAUCUGCCGGCCCUCAGAAGGAGAUAAGACGUUCUCUUCCAGGAUCCAACUGAAUCUGUCCAUGAAUAUACUCUGUCCAUGAAAGAGGAAAAAAACAGCCUCUCACUACUUAGCAGUCCGAGCCCAGCAAGGGGCAGGAGGCUGGCUUGGCUCUGACUCUGUGAACAAGACGUGAAGCUUAAUCCCUGCAUUCUGGUGUACAGAGAACAUGGCACUGAUACACACUCAUCCAGGCUGUUAGAAUUUGCAAUUCACAUCAUAACUCUUUGCUUAAAUUAAAAAGGCUUUUCAAAACAUCAUGACAUCUGCAACAUUUAAAUUCUAUUUUAUUCUUUGUCCCAGAGCAGGCAGAGGUACAGUUUAAGAUUAACUCAUCGGGAGCCUUUCAGAAUCAUGUCAGUCAUCUAGAAUAUUAAAUUUAACAUAGGCACAUGCAUUAAGGAAAGCUUAUGCAAAACAUUCUUACUGUUAAUUUUGUUAUGCUUGAAGCAUAAUUUAUUCAUCCCUUCUGUCGAUGAUAAUUAUUGGAAUUAUGUACUUUAGGAGGCUAAUCCAUACCCAAAAAGUGCACAUAUAAAUACAGUUCCGAUUUGCAAGUGAUUUAGGGAAAAGAGGCUGCAGAAAUGCACAAAACUCUACGACAUCCUUGCUUAAAAAAUAAUAAUAAUUGUUUACAGUGGUCCCCCGGUAACAGUGUGUGGACAUACUUGAACCUGGUCACAGAUCUUUAUUUCACUGUCCAAGAGCUUUGUGGGCCUGCUCAUGACUAUGCUCAUCAGCAUCCCUGCAGGUCAGCAAGCUGGGCAUGAAGGAGAAGGCUGGCAAACUUGAGCAGCCUGGCUUCUGUCUGCUGUGUCUGCCUUGAGACACCAUGAAACCUUCCUGAGAAAUGGGAGGUCAUUGCUUGUCAAAGACAGAAAACUUUUCUGUCAUGGCCGCAUUUGGAGUGGAUUCCGUGUGAUCUAAGCUUUCUCCUCAACUCCGUUUUCUUAGGAAGACAAUAAAGAAUUACUUGACCUUUUUCAGCCCAUUCUGCUACCAGGGCCACAGGGGAAAGUCCCAGAUUCUUUUUCCUUUUUCCAAGGCUUACCAGGGACAGUAGAGUUGGUACCUGAGUCAUAGCUGACCACCUUCUCACAAACAUCCAUCCACACAGCCUGGAGUCAUUCAGUGCACGUCUCACAGAGAAAACAGAAUUCCUAUGACUGAGAGUGUGUUCAUUUCCUAAAACAACCAAGUUUCCUUCUGUGUUAGCCAGUUUCCGUCAGCUAGCUCCUCUGACGUCACCACAGCACUGUGCUAAGACGGUUGUCAAGCAAGCAUGUCAGUUGUAAUCUAACACGAUACACACCAGCAUUUGGGCAGGGAGCAGCGGUCAGGUCUGUGAUCUUCACAGUCUAUGCAGGCCUGCCUGAACAUCAUCUUACUGUGUGUGACCAUCCUUCAGCUAUGUGUCCUUGAAGCAGAGUGACACCUAAGGGCUGUCUGCCUGAGCCCCUUCCUUUCAGCACCCUCCGUUUGUCACACCAUUGGCAUUCUCCCUGCCUCUUGUCAGUAGAUGGGAUUCUCAUGGGAAGACAGGCUUUCUUUCCUAGUGGAGAUCAGAGCCCUCAUACAAAACAGCACAGCAGCCAAGAAAGAGCUCAGAGACCCAGCUCGCUUAUGUGUCAGCAUCUUCAGUAGAUGGUAUCAAAAGCUCUAUAUGAAAAUUGAUCAUGAAAGUGGCAUGAGAGUUUACUAUGAAAAUAAAGUAUUUCCUCUUAUUAACAGAUUUACUAUACCAUUAGAAUGUUUUAUUAGAUUUCUGCUUUAUAUUUUUCUGGGCUUAUUAGUUUCAUGUCAAGUCUGAAUACAUACUUUUUUGAGAACCCAAAAUGUCAUUUCUGUAUAAGAAAAGACCCUGAUUUAAAAGCCAACAAGAUCACCCUGCUAAGAGUUAACUAAGACAGAUUUAAGCUCCCAUAAAAUGUCCUUUUGAAAGUCAUGUUCUAAUACAGAUGGUUAAUCAACUGUAUAUCAUCCCCCUAAGUCAGUGUGAGAAAUGUCCCCCUCACCCAGGAACCAUCCCCUCUGUCUUCCACUAAUGCAAAGAUGGAAUUCAGGAAUAGCAUUACAAUCACUUUGCUAACUUGACAAAUUUCUGGGCUAGGAAGAAAUAACCAUGCUCCAAAAUAAUUCAUUACGCUGGCCAGGACUAAAGAAAACUGGCCUGAGAAGCAUUCUGAGGCGAAGCAUUCUGAGGCAGAGCAUCAGGGUGAGGGGGAGGGUAUCCCACAAAGAGGUCCCGGGAAGAACACCAAUGAGACCCAGGGGAAAGCCCAGUGAGUGUGGAGCCAGACUUAGGCAGGGGAGCAGCCUGCUGCUGCACAGUACCAAAGACAACACCUCAAGCCUCCACAGCCGCUGUUUGAAGGGCUUGAGUUGACUGACGGUCUUACAUUCCCUGCUGUCUCGGGAUCAGCAACUGGUUCUCAGCAAGCCUGCAGAGGAUGGGAAGCAAGCCCCAUUUCCUUUUGUAAGCACAGGUAAACUGAGUAGUAACCCACCUGAGCGAGUGUCACCAGUGCUACAAGGAGAUGGCUGUGACUGUUGCCGAGUUUCACUUUAUUCAUGAAAAACCAACGGGACAGAUUUGGCGUCCUUACUAGCAAACUUGUAAGAGUCCUCAAGCAAGAAUACUGAAGUCUCCUCUUGAAUUUCAGAACUGUGCACCCAAACAUCUGUUAAACCAGUAAGAUAUAAGGUGUCUAUCCCAGAGGCCUGGGGUGCUGCGCAGCAGUAACAGACCUGCCACAGGACGUUUCCCCUCGUAUCUGCCAUGUCGGGUACAGGAACAGUCGGGGGCGCCAUUCCCUUUUCAUCUUGUUGACUUCUUGUUAUCUUUGGUGCUUUCCCUUCAUCGUCGGCUUAUAAACACACGAGUGAUGUCUCAGGGGCUCCCUGCCUCAGAAUGUAGACCCGAGAAGGCAGAGCACACAGUCUGUGAGCUGAGAGGGCAUGCUCAGUUGCCAAGUGUGCUGUGUGAGUUGCCUACCAGCAAGGCUUUCAGAGAUUUAAGGUCAGAAAGAUCAUUGUCCGUGGGCACGUCCAGGUGGAAAAUAUUCCUAUUCUCUUGGGCUAGUAAGCUGACAUCCUUCUAAUGAGAUGUUGGAACAGAAUAGUUUACCAUAAAGCCCUGGGCAUCCAAUCUUCCCACACAAGAGCAAUUACACGAAUCCACUCUGUAUCCUCUAUUCCCUUCUUAAGAGCAAUAUCUCAGUCACUCAAGUUACAUCAUGUUAGAUGAUUUCCCAAAGCCUCAAGAAAGAGGGUAGUAUGAGGGCUUGAGUUCAAAGCAAGCCAGCCUACCUAAAUGGCUACCCAUAACACUGAAAACAUCCUCUCCUGGUGGUUCCCAAAGCACCUUCCUUCCUAGAAAACCUUUUCCUGAUCGUUGGGAAUUUCAAUAGCGUCAGAAUAAAUAUGUAAUAAAUGCUACCCAGCAGAUCCAAGACUGGUCCAGUAAGAAGCCAGGUGUCCUCCUGUAACCACCAGCACAUAUCCAAACUCUGCCUCCUAUUUUCUUCAUGUAGCACUGACAAUCAUUACAGAGCAAAAUGUGAGCCCAUCUUCCCCAAGGCCCAGGUGUCUAAGUGGCCUAUAUUUGGAACCUUAGGGUUGGCACUGAGCAUGCCCUCUCAGCUCACAGACUGUGAUUCUAAGAGAGAAUCAGACAGAAGGGUGUGGAUGGAUACCCUGUGUAAGAAACCAUCCUUUUCCAGCUCACCAUCCCAUGCAUUUUCUUUCUUAAACCAAAAACCAUCUUAUUUAAGAAUUUUCCUCUUACAAAGAAUUUGGUGGGGAAAACUUGCUACCAGUUCAUGAGAAAUGCCAGACUAGUGUGUACACACACAGGGCCAGGAAGCAAGCUUGCUCCUCACCCAGGGGAUGGUUGUACUUAAAUUGGAUGUGGGGUGCUGAGGAGGCCCAUUCCGUGUUAGUUGUAAUUGCUCUCCUGGAGCAGCGAUCAGAAGACCAAUACUACAAAAAGCACAAUUCUCAAAAAAGUGAAUCUCCCAUCACCCCUUAGGUCCUGUGCCUUGCACAUCCACAGAGCACAGAACGUGAGCAUGUCCCAGUGGAGGCAUGUUGACUCAGUGUCAGUGAGACUGCUCUGUACCUUCAGCAGGCUACUGCAACUAUACUGAACAGUCCAGAGGCUCUGACCAAAUCAAACAUAAUCAGAAGCUCCUUUGCUUUCAAUUCAUGACCAAAGCUGCCAGAGACAGAAAGAUGCCCUUCUGUCUGCUGGAAUUUUACUCUGCUACGUGUCUGUUGUUAACUGUGGUAGUUCUUCAUGUGGACAUAGUUCUUGUGGAAUGGUUCCCUUAUCAUCCUCCUUCAUAAACCACCAAGACUGCCUGUGGAAUCGGCUUCUGUAGUCAAAACACCUGAAGAUCCUGUUUAAAUGCUUGUAGGUUUUCUGUUUAGCCUGUGUUUCAGUGUAUAAAUGAUUGAGCAGCUGGGGACCGAGGAUGAACGGUGGUACACCGUUCUGUUCUCUUUGCACUGUAGUGUGUGUGUAAGCUUCUUUGUUGGGUCUGGGUGCUUUUGGCGAGUCCUCUAAAAUGUUAUAACUCUCCAAAAGCACAAACCACGCAACCACACCGAGUUUAAGGAUCCCUGGAAGUAGCAGAAAAUAAAAGUGAGCUCUUGGAGACCCAGGAACUACUCCAACUUCCUCAGGAGUCCAAGCCAACUAAGCACAAAAACAACAACGUACUCAGCUGGUUCCCCGGGCGGUCAGCCCACCCGUGUUCCCAGCACAGGCCCACAGAGAGCAGGUACAGAAACAAGGCUUUCCCGAGUUGUUUCUCUGCUUAUUACUAGAUGAGCUCAGUGGUGAGCGAGAAGGGCCUGCGGGCUAGGUGUUCCAUCUGUAAGCAGCACCUUGAGCCAAGCACCUCUGGGGUUUGUGGAGUUUAUUCAGUGCCAGUGGAUGGCCAUUUUAAUGUCACAUGGAAGCACCUUUAAUCUUUUGUUGUUAUUAUUUUAAAAUAAUGUAUUUGUGAAGUGGAUAAAAGAAACACUGGAAAUUGGGUGCUUCUGAAAAUGUCAAGUAUAAAACAUAUGAACAAGGUCUGUGGUGGUUUAUCUGGCUGUGUGAACAACCCUGAAGAUGGAUGGAGUGGUUAGUUGCCUGCUUUGGCCAAUUGUGCCUCAGAUCUGUAUUCAUUUGUUAAGUUUUACGUUCAGAAGAAAUACAACUUUGAAUGUUAGCUACCACUAUAGAACGUUCUGAAAAUUGCCUUCUACAUUUUUUUUAACACAAUUUCAUCAUUUUUAUAAAUUAAGGCCACUUUUGGACAGCCUUCUUGUACCAGAGACCAAUUACCAUCCAUUGGUCUGCAGGCCUCUUUUUAUUAUGUCCUUGUAAUAAUGUAAAAUAUUUACAGCAAACUGUGCCGUGUCUUGUUUGAUCUUUCUGUCGUGUUUACAGUUCCCUUCCUCUGCC